CGUCCAUAUUGUUGUGAAAAAGUAUUACAAAGUACAGUAAUUUGAUUAAAAGUGCUAUAAUUAUAAUAAAUAUUGUGUAUAGCAUUAUUUUAGUCGUUGAAAAUGCAGAAUAACACGCGAGACCGCGAAAGCAAUCGCUCCCAUCCCAGCGCUAUGAGUAUGCGAGAUAAGGAAAAAUACAUAGAAGCUUUCAAUUUCCCUUUUUGCGAUUUAACUAAGAAAUACGAAAAAGUAGCUAAAAUAGGCCAGGGAACGUUCGGAGAGGUUUUCAAGGCUAGAGAUAAGAUGAAUCCAAAAAAAUUCGUAGCCAUGAAGAAGGUUCUUAUGGACAAUGAAAAAGAAGGGUUCCCCAUUACAGCCUUGCGAGAAAUCAGGAUAUUACAAUUGCUAAAACACGAAAACGUCGUAAAUCUAAUAGAAAUAUGCAGGACGAAAGCGAGUCAAGACAACAAAUAUCGAUCCACCUUCUACCUAGUGUUCGAUUUCUGCGAACACGAUUUAGCCGGUUUAUUAUCAAAUGUAAACGUUACAUUCAAUUUGGGCGAAAUCAAGAAAGUAGUACAACAAUUAUUAAACGGACUUUAUUACAUACACAGCAAUAAAAUACUCCACAGAGACAUGAAGGCUGCCAACGUUUUAAUCACCAAAACCGGUGUACUCAAAUUAGCCGAUUUCGGUCUGGCUCGAGCUUUUAGUUCCAAUAAAAACGGCAUGCCAAAUAGAUUCACCAAUCGAGUAGUAACGUUAUGGUACCGACCACCGGAGCUCCUAUUAGGCGAAAGAAACUACGGUCCACCGGUUGAUUUGUGGGGCGCCGGUUGCAUCAUGGCCGAAAUGUGGACGCGUUCGCCUAUCAUGCAAGGCAGCAGCGAACAGCAACAACUCACUCUCAUCUCUCAGUUGUGCGGUUCCAUCACGCCCCAAGUGUGGCCCGGCGUCGAGAAUCUGGAGCUCUUCAAGAAAAUGGACUUGCCCCAAAAGCAAAAACGAAAAGUGAAAGAGCGCCUGACGCCCUAUUUGAGAGACCCGUACGCCUGCGAUCUACUCGACAGAUUGCUGGUGUUGGAUCCGUCGAAACGCGCCGAUGCCGAUACGGCUCUCAAUCACGAUUUCUUCUGGACGGAUCCGAUGCCGUGCGAUUUGGGCAAGAUGUUGUCUAAUCACACGCAGAGCAUGUUCGAGUUAUUGGCUCCGCCUCGACGGGCGCCGCAAAUGCGACACAUGCCGAGGCCGGCGUCUUCGACUGUGCAGGAUUCCGGUUAUCACGAUAGGAUUUUUUAGUAGUGAAUUCGACGAAAUUCGAGAGGGUUUAUUGUGAUUGAUUUCGGACUAGAAAAUGGUUCGAUUUAGGUAGUAUAAUGGAGGAUAUUGAUUCGUUUAGUUGGAUCGGAUGGAUACCAACUCGACAUUUAUUACUCAAUUUGUUUUUUUUUGUUGUUAAGUUAUAAAUGUUUAACUUUGGACUUGUCGCAAUGAUACCUGUAGUAUCGUAAUUGUAUCAGUUUUUUUUUUUGUAUAUUUUUUAUAACGUACAUAUUUUGAUUAAAUUUCAAAUGCUA